GGACUAUUCACAUCCAAUUUUCCGUCAUCUCUCCUCGUCUCCCCUCCACCUCCAAUUUCGGACGAAGGACAUGGGAGUGGCGCUUGCCCUUCUUCCGUUACCAUUUCCACGCCUUACUAAUUUACUCUCCCGCCCGCUCCCUCCAAAACUCAAAAACCGGAGCUCAAACUCUACCAAAGCCAGCUUCUCCUCCACCGCAGCGCAGUCUCAAUCAGCCAAAGAAGACCUUCUCAGUCUCAUCUCCGACCAAGAUCGAGGACUCAAGACUCAGAAUGAUACCAUCAAACUCAAUGCAAUCGUCAAGGCCAUUGAUGCCAUGGCUGUUCUUGGCCGGGAUACGAUCACCACUGGCGAUUCCUUAUCCGCCACGUGGCGGCUGCUCUGGACAACGGAGAAGGAGCAGCUCUUCAUUAUAGAGAAGGCGUAUUUGUUUGGAACUCAAGCCGGUGACGUUUUGCAGGUAAUCGACGUUGAGAAAAGGACGCUCAACAAUGUGAUUACUUUUCCACCUGACGGUGUUUUCUUUGUUCGCUCCACCAUCGAGAUAGCCUCGGCCCAGAGAGUAAAUUUUAGAUUUACGAGUGCCGUUCUAAGGGGAAGAGAAUGGGAGAUUCCGUUGCCGCCAUUUGGACAGGGUUGGUUUGAGACUGUCUAUCUUGAUGAUGAGAUUCGAGUUGUGAAGGAUAUCAGGGGUGACUACCUAGUUGUUGAGCGUGCCCCAUAUGAUUGGAAAGAAUGAAGGAAAGACUCUCUCAUCUAUUAUCACUAUAAUUGAAGGUGAUUCACUCUGUAACUAAGCCAAUAGCUUUUUAUUGAAUUUCUUCUGGAUAUGUUGAAGUUAAACUUUACACAACCACAAAACACAUGCGCGCAAAUUGACCCGUUAUUCCUGCAUCUGGUGAGGAUGAGUGCUGUAAAAGGCAAAGUGGACUAAAAUUUGGGAAUGGGAUUUGGGUAUAUCAAUACUUCACUCAUUUGCAUCCAGCAAUAUACAGUUUAAAACUUUACAUGAAGAUCCUCAUCAAAAUGGAAAUUGUGCAGAACUACAUAGCUUGAGGAAAAUGGGCUUUGAACUGGUCUGCAGUCCAAGUAGAACGCGUGAUGGUCUUUCUGUUAAUCUAAUAACUAUGACUGGUGGUGCAAAAGCUUGCUGCUCAUGGUUCUUUUGUAUCUCCUUCACCCUGCCUUUUAUCAUGGUACCUUCGUCCUUCAAAAAUAGGUGUUAUUAAGGUACUAUAUGAGCUUCUUUACUACGCCUUGCCUUUCGAAUUUGCUUCCUCAAAAUCCCAUCGAGAUCAUGGGAGAAAAAGGCUUUUAUGAUGUACCUAAUGCCAGGUAGGUAUGGGUGAAAAUUAAAAUGCUUUUAUUAAGCUAGUGCGGGAAUCUUGGAUCGGCUCCAAUAGCAAUAGGUCUGGAUUCACUGCUCCCCUGUUCUGCACAGGUUGGACUUGUAUGCAUUUCCGUGCAAAACAUAAAGCGGUAUCUGGGUCGGACCCAAUCUUUCAGACAGCGGAUCUGGUGAACCCCACAGCGUCUGUGUGUGAUUCACAUGUAAUGCAGGACAGGGGCCCUUGAUGUACAUCAAAUUUCGUGGACACGUAGUAAUACUGGUAGUGGUGUGAAAUUAUGAAACGACAUGGAGACUGGGCCUAACAAAACAGAUUAUUUCUCAUUUUUAUUGUAAAUAAUUGGUAUUUCUGCAC